CCAGAGGUGAGAACAGAUGGCAAUGAAGGAACAGAAGCCUUAUCCCCAGAUGGUAACUAUAGGCUACCACAGAAGCUACGGGGCCAAGAUGGAUGUUUUUAUGAAGGGGCUUUCCAAAGCUAAAGAGGCCAUGGAUGUGGCCGCCGAGAAAACCAAGGAAGGGGUGGCAUCAGCCGCGGAGAAGACCAAGGAAGGCGUAAUGUUUGUGGGGAGCAAGACCAAAGACAGCGUUGCAAACGUGGCUGAGAAGACGAAGGAGCAGGCCUCUCAGCUGGGCGGUGCGGUGAUGUCGGGCGCCGGGAACAUCGCAGCAGCCACGGGCCUGGUGAAGAAGGAUGAGUUCCCCUCUGACAUGAACCCGGAGGAGUACGGCCAGGAGGUGACUGAGGAGCAGGCCGGGGAGCAGCUCAUGGAGCCGGAGGGAGAGACAUACGAGGAGAACCAGCAGGAGCAGACCCAGGACUACGAGCCUGAGGCGUAAGCACGACCAUUCCAGUGUCCAGCCAGCAGCACAACCAACGUUUAUACCAAUACCAAGGACAAAUGCUGACCCCAACACAAUAAAGACCCUGGUUGCAAAAAAUUACACACACAAGAACAAACAAACAAAAAAACCAAACACAAACAAAGAAAAGCACCCACAACAAAUAUGAAACAUUCCUGCCGAGAGAUAAUUAAAAAAAGUUCUUCCUUAAUAAUUAAGAUUUAAAAAAAACAAUACUUUUAUUAUGAUCUAUUGUAAAUGUCUUGGUAUCACUGUAACGUGUUGGGUGUAGUUUUAUGAGCAACAAAGGGCUGAUCGGUCUCAUUUCUUUGAUUCCCUCCCAACGAAAUGAGGCCCAAUGCCCCCAAAACUUGUGAAUCUUUGUACUUUGUGUAUCUGUAUUUAUAUAUAUAUAUAUAUUUGUGCAAUAGAUGUUUCUCAUCUUCCAAUACAGAUAUUGGGGGAGAUUAAAAAAAAUCUCUUCGGGUAAAUGUAUACAAAAGCAACAAUAUUCGAUGGCUGUGUACAAUGCCUGCUUGUGAAUUUCUCUCUUUUUUCAUCUACUAUUGAAGCGAAGUUGUUGAUUUUGAUGUUUUUCAAGUAAGAGUUUUAUACAUUGUACCUUUAUAGUUGCUUGUGAUAUCAUUUCAGUGAGGUAUCUGUCAGACUUGGGCAACUUCUCUGUGUUUAUGUGUGAGAUGUGUGUGUGUAUGUGUGUGUGUGUGUAUGGUAUGUGUGUGUGUGUGUGUGUACACUGUACGUAUGUGA